AUGUCACUAACUGCACUGCGGCCCCUCUCCUCCAUCCUCAUCGCCAACCGCGGCGAAAUCGCCCUCCGCGUCGGCCGCACCGCCGCCGCCAGCGGCAUCCGCGUCACAACCCUGUACACAGACCCCGACGCGCAGUCCCAGCACGCCCUCAGCACGCCCUUUGCCGUGAACCUCGGCGCGCCGCCCGCCUACCUCGACGGCGCGCGCAUCAUCGCCGUCGCCAAGCAAGAGGCCUGCGCAGCCAUCCACCCGGGCUACGGCUUCCUGAGCGAGAACGCCGCCUUUGCGCGCGCCGUCACCGACGCCGGCCUCGUCUUUAUCGGACCCCCGUGGAAGGCCAUCGAGGCCAUGGGCAGCAAGAGCCGCUCCAAGGAGAUCAUGAGCGCCGCCGGCGUGCCCUGCGUCCCCGGCUACCACGGCGCAGAGCAGAGCGAGGCGCGCCUGGCCGCCGAGGCCGACAAGAUCGGCUACCCCGUCCUGCUCAAGGCUGUCAAGGGCGGCGGCGGGAAGGGCAUGCGCAUUGUGCGUGCGCCGGGCGAGUUUGCGCAGGCGCUGCAGAGCGCCAAGAGCGAAGCGCGCAGCAGCUUCGGCGACGACGCCAUGCUGGUCGAGCGGUACAUCGGCCGCCCGCGCCACGUCGAGGUGCAGGUCUUUGCCGACAAGCACGGCAACUGCGUCGCCCUGGGCGAGCGCGACUGCAGCGUGCAGCGCCGGCACCAGAAGAUCCUCGAGGAGUCGCCCGCGCCGCACCUCUCGCCCGAAGUGCGCGAGGACCUGUGGGACAAGGCGCGGCGGGCGGCGCUGGCCGUCGGGUACGAGGGCGCGGGCACGGUCGAGUUCAUCCUCGACACGGAGAGCGGCGACUUCUUCUUCAUGGAGAUGAACACGCGGCUGCAAGUCGAGCACCCCGUCACCGAAGCCGUGACGGGCCAGGACCUUGUGCAGUGGCAGCUGCUGGUCGCGGCGGGCGAGCCACUCCCACUCUCCCAAGCUGACAUCGCCGCGCGCAUUGCCUCGCGAGGCCACGCCGUCGAGGCCCGCAUCUACGCCGAAGACCCCGCCCGCGGCUUCGUGCCCGACUCCGGGCGCCUGCUGCACCUGCGCCUCCCGCUGCUGAGCCCCGACGUGCGCAUCGACGCGGGCUUCGUCGCCGGCGACACCGUGUCCAGCCACUACGACCCCAUGAUCGCGAAGCUGAUUGUGCGCGGCGAGACGCGCGCCGCCGCGCUGCAGAAGAUGCGCGCCGCGCUCGAGGAGUACGAGAUUGCCGGCCCGGCGACCAACAUCGAGUUCCUGAAGCGCGUCGUCAGCAGCCCGCCGUUCGUGGCCGGCGAUCUCGACACCGGCUUCAUCGAGCGCCACCGGGCCGAGCUGUUUGCGCACGCGGCGGCGCCAGCAGAGGUGCUCGCGCAGGCGGCGCUGGGCGUGCUACUACAGGAAGAGGCGGCUGGGUCUUCCAGUCCUUUCGGACCAGCGCCCCUCAGCGCGCCCCUCGGCUUCACGGGCUCAAGCUACUCCUCCCGCGCCAUACGGCUGCUGCAGCCCGACCCCGCAGGCGUGGCCCCGCCCACCGCAAGCACAGUCACGCUCCAGCGCACCGCGCCGCACACGUACACCAUCGUCGUCUCGACCGCCUCGGACGCCUCAACCGGCUCCCCCCAGACCUUUGCGCCCGUCACCGCGACCCUCAACCCCGACACGCACGUCCUCACGUCCUUCUACCCGCACACGCGCCUCGCAACCACACUGGUAACACACCCAGACGCGAGCGCCGACGACGGCGCAGCCACCGAGCAAGCGGCCCCGCAGCCGCUGACGCUGUUCCAGCGCGGCGCCAAAUUCGGCCUGCAGGUCGCGGCGCCGGGGUGGGCGGAGCGGGCGCUGCGCUCGGCGGAUGCGGCGACAAGCAGCGUGCGCGCGCCCAUGCCGUGUCGGGUGCUGAGUGUGAGGGUCAAGGCGGGGGAGAGGGUGGAGCCCGAACAGGUGCUUGUUGUUGUGGAGAGUAUGAAGAUGGAGAUGGUGGUGAGGGCGGGGGCGGGGGGAGGGGUUGUGAGGAGGGUGGUCCAUGGGGAGGGGGACAUCGUGGCUGCAGGCACCGCGCUCGUCGAGUUCGAGGACGAAGAGGACGGCGCAGCUGCAGACGCGCCGUCCAAGUCGAGCCUGCCGCCGCCGCCGGAACCGCAGGCGCAGUCGCAGCCGCGGCCGCGGGCGUAG